GGAGGUAGAGCAAGUGCAGUUUUGUUUUAUUUGUUGAGAAGAGAAUAAUGUCGUCAGAGAAGGAAACUGAGAGUCGGAAGUUGGGUUCGGAAGAGAUUUCACGCGAGUUCAAAACCCUAGUCAGCUCCAAUGAUCUCCACUCCCUUAACCACAUGCAACACACCAUAUUGGGAAGGUUGCAGGACAGCAAUGCGGUGUUGUCGCAUUUCAAUGACUUCUCCCAGCACUGCUUCGCUGAGAUUUCCGGCGACAUCGCUAGAAACACGCGUGUUUUGAAGUCUGUCAAGUCUGACCUUGAUUACAUCUUUCAGAAACUCAGUUUCUUGCACCUGUCAAAUCAUUUACAUAAGAGGAAUUUUGAAUAAUUUUAAUCCUGAUCAAAGUGAUGGCACAACAAGUUUCUGUGACAGUUAUUCAGCAAUUGAGCUUUCAAAAAGUCCUGUUUUUCAUGGCCAUAGCUAGCACAUAGAUGUCAGAUUUUACUUUUUUCGUGAUCUCACAGGGGAUGGAGUUGUAAAGUUAGUCCACUGUCAUACUCAAGAACAAUUUGCGAAUAUAGUGACCAAGCCAUUAAAGCUUGAUUUGCAUGUAAAGCUUUGAGGUCUUUCAGGAUUAUGUGUUGGUCCAAAUGUAAACUGAAUGAUUUGAUAUUCAGUUUAAGGGAGGAUGUUGAAUUGUUAACAUUUGCAUUAGUUUGACUUUGAACUAGUCUUUAGAUAUUUUAGUGAUUUCCUUAUCUUUUAGAAAUUAAAUAUUGACUUCCAUUUUA